CCUUCCUCUCCCUAUCUUUUAGUUUCUCAAAGCUCUCAGACCGUCUCCUGCUCACUUCUGAUCCGUGAAAUUUCUUUACAUUUAUUGUCUUUUCCCUUCUGACGGAACCGUAGGCGAGAUCGACUGCACGAGGAAAAAGGUUUUCUGGUUACAAAAUCUUCUCCAUACUAGGAAGAAAGCAGUGGCAUUCCCAUGGCACAUUCUAUCUUACCCUGUUGCAGCAUAAAUUCCUGUCUCACAACCAAAACCUAUCUUAAAAACAAUAAUACAUGUUCGGCCGUCUUCUACAAUUCUGUUCCAUUACAAACCUGCAAAUAUCCAGGGACAGUCCUUCGGCCAUGUAAGCUGAGACCACGGAGACAGUCAAUUAUUUAUGCUACUGCUACCCCUAUGAGCCAAGAAAUUGAGAAAAGUACGUUGACUGGGUCACCCCAAAGUUCUAGUGAAUCAUCCGCCAAAUCCAAGAAGGUAAUGAUUAUUGGUGGUGAUGGCUAUUGUGGUUGGGCAACCGCUCUUCACCUCUCCAACAAAGGUUAUGAGGUGGCUAUAGUUGAUAACCUUGUCCGUCGCCUAUUUGAUCACCAGCUUGGGAUUGACUCCCUUACCCCAAUAUCUUCCAUCCAGAAUCGUGUUCGGCGUUGGAAAUCUGUCACUGGAAAAUCAAUCCAGCUCUUUAUUGGUGACAUAUGUGACUUUGAAUUCCUCUCCGAAGCCUUUAAAUCUUUUGAACCUGAUUCUGUAGUCCAUUUUGGUGAGCAACGAUCUGCACCUUAUUCCAUGAUAGAUCGGUCAAGAGCUGUGUAUACACAGCAUAACAAUGUGAUUGGUACACUCAAUGUCCUCUUUGCUAUUAAGGAAUUUAGCCAGGAGUGUCACCUAGUGAAGCUUGGGACAAUGGGAGAGUAUGGAACUCCAAAUAUUGAUAUCGAGGAAGGUUACAUAACCAUAACACACAAUGGAAGAACAGAUACAUUACCUUAUCCGAAGCAAGCAAGCUCCUUUUACCACCUGAGUAAGGUGCAUGAUUCACAUAAUAUUGCUUUUACAUGCAAGGCUUGGGGGAUCAGGGCUACAGAUUUAAACCAGGGUGUUGUUUAUGGAGUUAGGACAGAUGAAACUGACAUGCAUGAAGAGCUUUGCAACAGGUUUGACUAUGAUGGUGUGUUUGGGACAGCACUGAAUAGGUUUUGUGUGCAGGCAGCAGUUGGACACCCACUUACUGUAUAUGGCAAGGGUGGUCAGACACGGGGAUAUCUAGAUAUCAGGGACACAGUGCAGUGUGUUGAGUUGGCUGUCGCUAAUCCAGCCAAGCCAGGUGAAUUCCGGGUGUUUAACCAGUUCACGGAGCAAUUUUCUGUUAAUGACCUUGCCAGGUUGGUCACGACCGCCGGGAAGAAGCUAGGACUGGAUGUGCAGACCAUAUCCGUGCCAAACCCGCGUGUGGAAGCAGAAGAGCACUACUACAAUGCCAAACACACCAAACUCAUUGAACUGGGUCUCCGACCACACCUGCUCUCCGAAUCGCUCUUGGAUUCACUACUUAAUUUCGCCAUCAAAUUCAAGGACCAGGUUGAUCCAGCACAGAUAAUGCCCACCGUUUCGUGGAAGAAAAUUGGUGUGAAAACUCGGACUGUUUCGGUGUAGAUGGUGGGUUUGCUUGAAUAAGAACCUAAUGUCAACAUCUGAAAGUUGACAUUAUUCUUUGUAAAUAUCAUCCUUGCUAGAUA